AUGCAUUCUGUGUGUCAGCACUCUGACAUGUGCAUCCACCAGGAGCCCAGCUGUGGGCCUCUGGGGGGUCUGGGUGGUGCUAGAGUGGUGGGCGUCAGAGCCUCCGUGGGCUGGCCAGUGGACCUGUUGUGGGGGGUGAGAGCUGGGGGCCGGCCUCCAGGCAGCAGUAAGGCAGAGGCCUUUAAGCCGGUGGUGGGGAAGAACCUGUUGUUGUCAGUAACAGCAGUGGAAUUCCUGUUGGACCGGCAGCUGGACUUCCUGACUGACCUCUCAGCCUACCAGCCGUACCAGGAUGAGGUGGACAGUCAGAACCCGGUGUUUCGAGAAAACCCUCAGCUCCAUGAAGAAGUGAAGAGCUGGCUGAAAGAUCAGAAGGUGCAAGAAAUCUUUAUGCAAGGACCAUACUCCCUGAAUGGCUACCGCGUGCGUGUGUACAGACAGGACUCGGCCACCCAGUGGUUCACCGGCAUCAUUACACACCACGACCUCUUCAGCAGAAACAUGGUUGUUAUGAACGACCAGGUGCUGGAGCCUCAGAAUGUGGAUCCCUCUAUGGUCCAGAUGACCUUUCUGGAUGACGUGGUCCACUCUCUGCUAAAGGGGGAAAACAUCGGCAUCACGUCCAGACGGAGGUCACGGUCCAGCCAGAACAGCAACACUGCCCAUAGUCAUUACACAAGAGCCCAAGCCAACAGCCCCCGCCCGGUGAUGACAUCACCAGGGCCCGUACCUAAGGGCUCCCAGGCAGCGCUGGCCCCCCAGCACCAGAGCCAGCUGCAUCCAGCCCAGCAGCCACUCAGCCAGUCGCAGCAGUCGCCGGGGGGGGGCGGGCGGGAGCCCCGGGAGCUGCGCAGCUCCCGCCCCAGCCGGAGGAAGGGGUCGGACAGCAGCGCCCCAGAGGAGGAGCGGGACCGGAGGGAGGAGGGGCCAGGCCCAGUCCCCAGCGCACAUCCCUGUGUACUGAUCUCCUGUUGUUGUUCUUGUCCAGAGUCAAAGUCCAAGCUGAAGCAGGCCAUGAACAAACGCAGGAAAGGUGAGGAAGAGGAGAAGAGAGCGGGCCUCAAGAGGCUGAAGACAGACAUGACGUCCGACCUGUCUGAGAGCAGUGACUCUGAGAACCCCCACAACAAGAGGAGCAUCCACUCCUCCUGCUCCUCCUCUUCCUCCUCUUCCUCCUCCUCCUCGUCUUCCUCGUCCUCGUCCUCCUCAGAACACGGCUCUGAGAACGAGUUAAAGCUGAUACAAAGUGCCAUCUCCAAGAUGGAGGAGGAUGAGCAGCCCCAGAUGAGGGAGCCUCAGGCGAACGCCCCCCCCUCUGUGACCGGGGGCAUGUCUCCGUGGGCGGAGUUCCAGUCCACAGAGGACCUGAAGAAGAACGCGCUGAAAAGCAUAACCAAGGAGGAGGAGGAGCUGGUGGCCGUCACGCAGAUCAGCCAGUCUCCGGCGCCGCAGCCCCCCCUGAUGCCCCAGGCCCCCCAGCGGGGCGUCCCUGAGAAGAGCCCGGCUAAAGCUCCGCCCAGGUCCCAGACGCCCCACUUCCAGGGCGGGGGGGGCAUGGUGGACAUCACGGAGGAGGCCCAGGCCACGGUCCACCAGGAGAGCUCGGAGGCAGUGUCCGCCCUGCUGGCCUCGCAGGGGGCCGAGCCCACCGCCCUCUCCCCCUACCUCCCCCUCAACCCCUCCCCCGUGUCCUCGCCCUCCGUCCCCCCCUCGCCCUCUCCGUCAGAGGCCAGCCGCCGGACAGAGGUGGAGCCCCACAUGAAGCCGCAAGGCAUCAUGGGAGGUGGCCUCGCAUCCGCCAGGAGCUUAGGCAGCAAGACAGAGUUCCCCCCCUCUGAAGUCAUCAGGCCCGUCUCGUCUUUGGCUGAACACGUGCCCCCGGUGGACAAGGAGAAGGCUGCCCAUUCCCCUCACCUCCUGUACCCACAGCAACACAACACACCCGUCAGCCCUGGCAUUCCCCAGCCUCCAUCUGAGGAGUCCAGAAAACAGCCGGCCCCCAACGCAGCCCCCCACAAGACCAGCACUGCCUCCCCCAGCGACACUGCCCGACUAAAGACCGGCCCCAGCCCCCCCUCAGCUCAGCCCGACUCUCUGAAACCUAAACCCCCGCACCCCAACAGCUCGCAGAACCCCCCCCACCCCAACACCGGCCUAGCCGACCUGAAAGCUAAGCCCCACCCGGGCCUGCUGGACGUCUCCAAACCCAAAACGCACCCUUCCCCAGAGGUGUCUAAACAGAAAGUCCUGCGGUACUCAGACACUAGCUCGCCCCCCACCGGCCGCCUGGCCGCUAAGGCCGAGCCCCCAGAGCCUCUGCGCUCUGGUUUCAAGCCAGUGUCGCUGCGGUCGGAGGUGGGUGGCGUGAGCACGAGCAACAGCACGAGCAACAGCAGCAAGAACCCGCUGAUCAUUGAUAAGAAUGAGACCUUCACUGUUUACAGAGACCCCGCCCUGGUUCGCUCUGACACAGAGAAGUCAGCCUCCUCAUCUAACUCCUCUAACCACGUGACAGCUUAUCUCCACCCCCACCUCCACCCCCUGCACCCCCCGUCCCCCCACUCCCCCUGCCUCCCCACGGCAUCACACCCACACCCCCAUGCUGCCUCACACCUCCUCGCCCCCCACCACACCUCGGCCCUACCUCACCCACACCUCCUAACACCCGGAAUGCUCCCAGCUAUGCCCCCUCCAGCACCGUCUCUCCUGGGGGGCCACCCUCGGCUGGAGUCCCCGGGCAGUCUGGGACACCUGGGCCUCCCUCACCCGGCAGCCACACACCAGCAGCAGUUCCUUCAGGGUCACAGCGGGGCGGCGGGGCUUGGUCUGUACCCCAUCCUGUGGCAGUACCCCAAUGGGACCCCGGGAUCUUACCCCCCAGGGCUGAACCUGCCACUCACAGCUAAGUGGGUCCACUCUGAAAAUCCUGUCACUGUGAAUUCUGAGGCUUCCCUCCGGAGGAACACAGCCAGCCCGUGGAUGCACCAGACUGCUGCCAGCGCCGGAGACGGGCUCGCUUUGCUCAACCACAUUCCAGUCCGGCCAGCCAGUGCCGACGCCCACCGCCCCUCAGUCAAGCUGAACACGCACACGAGCCCGUCCACGCACAAGACCAGCAUGGGGCUUCAUAAAGACUUUGUGGGUCCCAUCAGGGCGCUAACGCUGGCGCAGCUGAACCCGGAGCAGACCGAACGGAGCCGCACCCCAGCAGGAAAGGAUGCCCACCUCCACCGCCUGUACCUGGAGCCCCACAGUAAAGCCCGCCUGGCCAACCCACAGGUGCAGAGCCGCCACUCACAGACCAUCACAGACACGCCUGUUUCCGGGAAUAAGCUCAGCUGGUUUAAUGCAGCUCUGAAUGAUGCAGACCGAGCCGUUAAAUACAAAGAGGAGAACCGUCAAAUCCUGAAAGAGAGCAUCGAAGUUGCUCCCUUCACUGCCAAGAUCCAGCGCUCCAGUGAGCAGGGCCUGGACCGGGACCGGGACCGGAGCCGGGACCCGGUCUUCCCCGUCCGGGUCCCGGCUCUGGGCUCCUCCAGCUCAAAGACCAGCCACACCCACCCCCACAUCAUCCACGCAGAGAAGAGCAACUACUUCACCACGCUCUCCACCACCGUGUCCAACGACCCCCCCAGACUCUACCCCUCCAAGGAGCUGAGCUCCUACUAUGAGAAGAAAGGAAACACGUUCUUUAGAGAUGUGAGCAGGGGGAAGCCCCAAGUAGCCAUGGCGUCGGUCAUCGUUCGUCCUGUGGCGUUUAAUAAGUCGGAGGGCAGAGCGAGCCCUGCUGUCCAUAAGGAGGCCCCCACUGGGCGGCUGUUCCCAGCCAGCCAGGAGGGGGACUGUCCCAGAUAUGGGGAGGGUGUGAGAGAGCCUGGGGCUGGCAGGGUCAUUCAGCCCACCUCCAGUCUGGACGGAGUGUGUGUCAGCGGCCCCCCGGGCCCUGUGGGGGGCAGCGGCCCCCUCCUGGUCCCACCAGCCGAUGAACCGCAGAGAAAGCCCCUGCUGUCAUCAGGACACCCGGCUCAGGACCAGCUCCCCGCCAGCAGGGGGGGCCUCAGGGAUGGUGUGCUCAGCCACUCAGGACCCGAGCGGGAGAAGGACCCCCCCCGGGGCUUUGAGGUCCAGGCCGGCCCCCCGGGCCUGUCCUUUCCCUCAGCGGGCUCAGCAGGGUCAGCCUUCCCCGGUCUGCCCCCCACCCCUGCCCCCAGCUGCACCCCCGGCUCCCGGCAGCCUCCCCCCCCCUCCUUCAUCCACCUGAAAAAGCACAAAGCUGCUCUGGCCGCAGCUCAGUCCAGAGGCAGCCUCUAUCCUGCCCCCGCCGCCAUGGCAACCGGGAACUCCUCCCAAGGUCCGGACUCUGCGGAUAAGACUCUGAACCACAGCUUAACCCCCCCGCCCUGCUCUGGCCCGCUCUCCUCCUCCGACAGCCCUGCUGGGGGGGGCCCAGCACCGGGCAAAUCCAGCCCCCUGCCCAAUGGCCAGCCCUGUGGGCCGGCCCCGGCCAGCUGCGGGCAGCCCAGCAACUACCACAAGCUGAAGAAGGCCUGGCUGACCCGCCACUCGGAGGAGGACAGGAACACGGCCGCCACCAAGAGCCCCGGCGCCGGCGGGCGGCCGGACAAGCUGCUGCUGUCCAGCAGCUGCAGCGCCGCCGCCAUGUCGGACAUGAUCAAGCCCUGCACCGUCAACCUGAGCGCCUCCACCUCCGCCGAGGUGGAGCUGAGCAGAGACAGCCUCAGCAGGGGUGAGAGGGAGCGGCAGGCCGAGCAGAAGGCGGCAGAGGCAGAGGAGAGGAAGCCCGCCCCUCUAUCCCGGAGGGGCAACAAACGCUGCUACGACUCUGGCUCAGAGAGUGGGGGGGGGGAGUCGGACGCCAGCGAGAGCAAGAUGGAGGGUCGAGCCAAACGCCAGCCCAAACCAACCUACAAGAAGAAGCAGAACGACAUGGCCAAGAAGAGAGGAGACACGGACAGAGAGGAGGAGGAUGUGAAGCCCAACGGCAUCUUCAGAUCUGCGCGUGAGAAGACUAAACUCAAACUUUCUAGCAGUAAUGGGAUUCCUCGCUCCGUGCUGAAGGACUGGAGGAAGGUGAAGAAGCUGAAGCAGACGGGGGAGUCCUUCCUUCAGGAUGACUCCUGCUCAGAAAUUGGACCCAACCUGCAGAAGUGUCGGGAGUGCCGAGUAAUUCGCAGCAAAAAGGGGGAGGAGCCAGCCCAUUCCCCCGUCUUCUGCCGUUUCUACUAUUUCAGGAGGCUUUCCUUCAGUAAAAAUGGGGCCAUUCGGAUGGAUGGGUUCUCCUCUCCAGACCAGUUUGAUGAUGAAGCCUUAGCCCUGUGGGCUCCUGGAGCCAUAGAGGAAAACCAGCUGGACCAGGGCACAGCCAAGUACAUCCUCAGUUUCAUCGGGGAUAAGUUCUGCCAGAUGGUUCUGACUGAAAGCACGGCAGCCAGCUGGAUUAAGAAGGAUGCCAAGCUGGCUUGGAAGAGGGCCGUCAGAGGAGUGAGGGAGAUGUGUGACGCCUGCGAGGCCACUCUCUUCAACAUCCACUGGGUCUGUCAGAAAUGUGGCUUUGUGGUCUGCCUGGACUGCUACAAGGCCAAAGAGAGAAGGAGCUCCAAGGAUAAGGAACUCUAUGGAUGGCUGAAGUGUGUUAAAGGCCAACCUCAUGACCAUAAACAUCUAAUGCCUACGCAGAUCAUCCCUGGCACAGUGCUGACAGAGCUGGUGGCGUCCAUGCACUCGCUGAGGAACAAGUACAGCAUCACCUCUCACUGUCCCUGCACCAACAAACAGAGUGUCCUCAGCAAGCUCCCAGCUGCCAACGGAGUCUCACAGGUUCUGCAGAACGUUCUGAAUCACAGCAACAAGCUGUCUCUGGUGAAAGCUGAGCCAGGCUCCAAGCAGAGCUCUGAGCACGGAGGAGCUAAAGCAGAAACUAACGGGGGCGGUGCGGGGGGCAGUCCAGGUGGAGAGGCACUGAGCGCCCCCGUCACCCCCCCAGAGUCCCAGUCACCGCUCCACUUUCUAGCUGACCUAGCAGAGCAGAAAUCUAGAGAAGAAAAGAAAGAAAACAAGGAGUCGGUGCUCCUGGGUAAAUUUCUGAAAGAUGACAAGGACGGUGUGAGCCUGGAGGUCCUCCAGCAGUGUAAGACGGCCUCGGUGGUGGCCAACAGCACGGAGCAGGGCUCCACUCUCAGGGACCUGCUCACCACCACCGCCGGCAAACUCAAGCUGGGCUCCACUGAUGCAGGGAUCGCGUUUGCACCCGUGUUCUCCACUUCCUCACAGAGCGGUAAGGGUGGCCAGAACAUGCCCAAUAUCCUAGAUGACAUCAUUGCCUCUGUGGUGGAGAACAAAAUCCCUGCCAGCCGGCAAAAUAUCUCCUCCAAGCUGUCAGUCAAGCAGGAGCAUGUGACCCCAGGCAUCAACAACAGUGCCCCCCCAGCUGUUGGAGAGGACAUCAAACCAGAGAGGAAGAAGCCAGUGGCUGUGAACGCGGGGCUGACAGAAGAGUCCUCCAGCCAGUACCCCCACAUCCCCCACUGCUGGCUCAACAACCGGCAGCUGCUGUGGCUCAAAGACCACCGCAACCAGAACAACUGGAAGCUGUUCAGGGAGUGCUGGAAACACGGACAGCCGGUUCUAGUGUCGGGGAUCCAUAAACGCCUGAAUGCCUGUUUGUGGAAGGCUGACUCCUUCAACCAGGAGUUUGCAGACCAUCAGGGAGACCUACUCAACUGUAAAGACCAGGUGGUGUCCAACUCUGGGAUCAAGGAGUUCUGGGACGGAUUUGAGGACAUCACCAAGCGGCCCAGGUCCAAAGAUGGAGAGCCCAUGGUCUACAGAUUAAAGGACUGGCCUUCUGGAGAGGAGUUCAUGGCCCUCAUGCCGUCGAGAUAUGACGACUUGAUGAAGAACCUUCCCCUGCCUGAGUAUUCGGACCCAGAGGGGAACCUUAACCUCGCCUCCCAUCUGCCAUCUUUUUUUGUCCGUCCAGAUCUGGGACCAAGGCUCUGCUGUGCUUACGGUGUAGCUGCAUCUCAGGACCAGGACUUUGGGACCGCCAACCUCCACGUGGAGGUCUCUGACGUAGUCUCUGUUCUGGUCUACGUUGGAGUUGCAAAAGGCAACGGAGUUCUGUCCAAAACAGGGGUGUUGAAGCGGCUGGAGGAGGAGGACCUGGACGAGCGCGUCCGCCGGAGGCUGAAGGACUCCAGCGAGACGCCGGGGGCGCUGUGGCACAUCUACCUCAACAGAGACUUGGACAAAGUCCAAGAAUUCCUGCACAAGCUCUGCAGGGAGCAGGGCCUGGCCGUGGCCCUGGACCAGGACCCGGUCCGGGAGCAGGGCUGGUACCUGAGCAGGAAGCAGCGCCAGCGGCUGCUGGACGAGCACGGCGUCCUGGGCUGGACCGUGGUCCAGUUCCUGGGAGACUCUGUCCUCAUACCGGCUGGGGCCAUGCACCAGGUCCAGAAUCUUCACAGCUGUGUUCAGGUCAUCAACGACUUCGUGUCCCCUGAGCACGUGGCCAGUUCCUUCCAGCUGACCCAGGAGCUGCGGCCCAAUAACGACGAGGUCAACUACGAGGACAAACUACAGGUGAAAAACAUCCUGUACCACUGUGUGAAGGAGGCCGUGAGCUCCCUGAGGAGGAGCAGAGACGGGGAGGAGGAGAACUCGUGACCCCCCCGGGCCGGGGCCCCGCCUUACUCCCAGCUCCUGCACCACUCUGCUGGUGGGGGGGGCUGAUCACAUGACCCAGCAGGCUGCUCCACCCACCAGCCCAGCAGGAGACUGGACCAGGACCAGGAGUUCAGCUGGACCAGGACCAGGAGCUCUGCUGGACCAGGACCAGGAGCUCUGCUGGACCAGGA